AUGGAACGACAGUCAGGGUCAUCGGGUUCCUUGCAGCUAAUCAAGAAAGGAAAUACAGACAAAGCAUUUCAUCUUCACAAAUGUAGCACUGGGCAAGCGAAGAGAAAAGGCAUGAUCAGGUGGCACGGAGCUGUCUCCACUAAUCUAUUGAACCAGAAUGUCCUCGUCUCAAAUAAGGAAAUGUCCAGCGACAGUGACUCUGGAUCUUUGACAACACCGGAUCACAAAAAGAGAAGCCUUGGGCAGAAAAUGAAGGUAUUCCUGGGUAAAGUGAUCCAGUCCAGAGUAAAAGACGCUAAAUCAGCAAAACUCCCCCGUGCUGUGUUUUCCACAAGAGAUUCACCAGUGCUAUCCCAGAAACAGCAUCAGCUUCCUAAAAUAAUUCAGCACCUAACACUACCACGGGAAACAGCCAAGAGAUCAGGGAGGAGGAUGUCGCAAGCUGCAUUUCUCCAACUGGAUGUUAAUGUUGUAGAGGCAGAGACGGAGAAGAUCAUGGCGGACAACCUCAUUGUGCGCUCCAAGAAAACCACGAGGCGUGUAUCUGUCACCUCAUUACCUACCGGGCUGCAGAAGGGUUCAUAUUCAUCUAAAAAGAGGCAUUUUGCACUGAUGAGGAGGAAGAAGAAAGCUGUGGAGAAGGUGAAACACCAGUCGGAGUACACUGUGGGCAGUCUGCAGAUGCAGGUGGAUGAUCUUAUUGAAACGAUUGCAGACAAAUCUAGCAAGCUCUUGGCACAGAGGCACGAGGAGCUCCGUCAGUGCGAGACUCUGGGUGAUGAAAUCCUUCGGUCUUCCAAACAGUUCCAGAGAAUCUCCAAAAAGAACACACAGAAAUACAAGUUUAAAAAUGUUUGCUUUCCCUGUAUCUGCUGCUGUUACUAGUGUUAAAUACUCAGCUGUUGGCUGAAGUCUCGACUCUCAACAUCAACAACUCCACAGUGUAUAUCAGGAUCAAACUCUCGAUCUGUAAAAUGCGAUUAUAAGACAAAAUGUAAAAAGGAAAGUCUCCCAAUUACAGCAGCAGCCCCGGACCUGGAUGCCCACUUGGCGAGUGAAGUGGACUGUCAGCAUACCCCAUUACAGCCUCAUUUGCAUUGCCAUGCCUCUACCCUAUCCACCUGUGAUGCAUCACUCACCCGCACCAUCGGUUCGAUGCGAUGUAUAGCUGGGAUAAGUAGCAAUUCACGUAUACUCACCUCUCCUGGCAAAGUGCUGCUGUGUCCAGGGCUCCAGCGACGCUGUCUCCUCCGGCGGUCCCCUCCUGCAAUGUCCGGAGUCAGCCAGCGGAUCCAUCUGCGCAUGCGCCGCCUGUUGACCUCCCGGGAGGCCGCAGGGACUGCUGGGAGGUCAGGGGGGCGGAUCCAGCGCCAGGUUCGGACAGAGAGCAGGGAAGCGCAGUUACCACACUGCAGUUCAGGUAAAGCCAUCCUGAGAUGGCGAACCUGAACUCCAUGGAGAAGCGGAAAGCUGACCUUUACGUUGCUUCAUGAAUCACUCACCGUACUAAAGUAUGGUGAAGCGAUUCAGGCACGGAGCGGGGGGUGCGGCUGGAGAAGUCAGGGACUUCUCCAUGGUAACUCGCUCUGUGAAUUGCGGUAAGCAGAGAAAAGCCCUGUUUAACGCAAAACAUGGCUUUUCUCUGCUUUAUGAAUAGACCCCGUAAAGUGGAACUAGAAACAGUGUGGGACUGGGGCAUGCAGGGCCCACCGGGGGAAUGCUGUUGUAGGGGCCCAUGCUUAAGGGUGGUGCCAGGCUGCACUGGGGCAUGGCCAGCCACCACAGAGGUUUGGAUAACUAUUACAGAGUACAUGUUCUGUUCCCCUUGGUAAAUAUAUAAUAACAAUAUUCUUGUGAAGUAUAAUGCAUAAUGAAAGUGCACUAGGAUAGAGUCUAGAACCUGAUCCCUAGAGGAGGAGGGCCCACCGGCAGUGGGGCCCACCGGUGGUUUCCCCUGUUCCCCUGUGGGCCAGUCCAACCCUGACUAGAAAUACACUUAACAAAUGAAAGCAACAUCAAUGUAUAUAAACUUUCUUUUAGCUACUCAGGACAGCUAAAACUCAAAAUGUAUUAUAGCAAUGCAAAGCUUACAUUUAUAUGUGUUUGUGUUUGCUAUGAUGGGAUGGAAAAAGUGAUAA